AUGAGCUUGGUUGACCCGCUAGUGCAGAACGGCGUCAAUCUCGUCAGUCACUGUAGGACUAUAAAGAAAGGCCGACUCGUGACAUCAGCACGAGACCCUCCAGAUCUCGCUUGGGACUAUGUUCGUCUUCCGCCAGCACUUAAGCUGUUGAUACGCUUUGAGCCCAGGGGUGCGAAUGCCUACGAACUAGCUGGGCUUGAGGGACUGCCGUCAAACAGGCUGUAUGGCUCCUAUGCCACCAAGGACCUGUUCACCCUAUAUCUCACGAUACUCGAUGCAUGGAAGUAUCUGGCUAGAUUGGAUGACACAGUCGUAUUGAUAAUCGGAGCGAAAGUCAUGCCUAUUAAAUUCGAUCAGUACGACCGUGAUAGCAAGUACGUGUCCGAAGCAGUUACAUUUGGUUCUCCUCUCUUCGACUUCCAUCCUACUCGAAGACACAACCGAUCUGCUCUCAAUUGGCGUCGAUUCCCUACAAGCAAUACAAAUCGGUUCUACAAUCGGCAAGAACAUCAAUAUUUCUGGGCAGCCUCUGACUUCAAAUAUUAUCUUCGACUUUAUCUCUAUCCCAUCGCUCGCCAGCGAACUAUAUCGCUACCGAAUAAGUGGUAUGUCACCGGCCAAAUCCACGAGAUCCCAAAUGCAAGACCUCGUGGUACUUCAUCUCCGAUGCACACUAUCCUGUCGAAGUCGAGGCUGCAAAAUAGGGCCAAUGCAUCGCAAGUUACAAACAACCCUUCCAUAGCUGACCAACACGUGUGUGGACCGAAAAUACAAGUUCUUACCGGGGCGACUGGAUCUCUCGGAAUGCAAAAGAUAAAAGCGGAAGUCGCUCCUUUUCUCAGGAGUUCUUCUUCUAAAGCUAGACGAAAGCCAACUUUCUACACCUCUGCUCUGAUUGACUCUCUUAAACACUCGUAUCAGAUAAAAUCAUCUUAUGCCGUUGGAGGUGACUGUACCACAUCUUUCCGCGCGACUCUCGCAACAAGCUCGUCGCCAUCCCGGCGCGUUCCAGUUCCCGUUCCCGUUCCCGUUCCAGUUCCAGUUCCAAUUCCAGACGCCAUGGAUGGCCGCUAUACAGACGUGCGGCGUCGUCACGAGUUGGGAUUGCGCGUACCCCGUUUUCGGCGCGGAGUCGAGCCGACGCGGGAAGGGCUCUCGGCAGGCACGAAGCCGAGCCGCCUCUUGGGAGCCGCGACUGCGCUGACCGGCUUCGCGCAAGAGGGUGAAAGGUCGCGCGGGCUCGGGCCUCGUCGCUUUCCGGCAGGGUCGGCUCGGGCUCGGAUUGUGUGGCCCGGCGAUACAGUCAAUAUGGGUUCUUACAGCACCAUGCCGCCACUCGACGAAAUCUCCGCUCUUCCGGCCCCCAGUCGCUAUAGCGCGGCCGCGACGGUCUCGGAAAGAAGCCGAGGCGGCGGUCACGAAAUACUAUCCAGCAUCCGUCUCGCGACCUGCUCCCGGCACUCCGUCGCGCCGGCCUGGGAUUUUUUCGGGACCCCGCCCACGGGAAAUAGCUAG